AUGAAGUGCAUACUGGGAAUAGCAGCUGUAUUACUGAUUAAAUUUGAUUCUUGUAUCACAGACGACGAUGACUCUGAAAUUCCCAUUGCCGCACUCGUGCUCGCGCGCGGAGGAUCCAAAGGCAUACCGCUGAAAAAUAUCGUUGAAAUUCAACCCAAUCAAACCCUGUUGGCACGCACCUUACACACAAUUCAACGGUCCGGUGUAUUUAGUUCAAUUUGGGUAUCGACCGACCACGAGCAGAUUGCUGCUGAAGCUACUCGCCACGGUGCCACAGUGUUUGCCCGCUCGGCAACGCACGCACAGGACCAUUCGAGCUCGUUGGAAGCGACACACGAGUUCCUACUCGCCCAUCCGGAGAUACACCAUUUCGCCUUGAUUCAAUGCACUUCACCGUUUCUACGGGCUGACUAUUUGAGGCAGGCUGCCGCCCAGGUUCGUACGUUUUCAGACCCUUCGAUGGAAGUGUCUUCGUGUACCUUUAGUGUAGUGAGAAGUUACAAGUUGCGCUGGCGAAAGGAUGCGGUUAGUGGACAUUUGCAAGCGAUCAAUUUUGAUCCGAUGGCACGCCCGAGACGGCAGGAUUGGGAGGGUGAGUUAGUAGAAACGGGCAUGUUUUACUUUUCCGAACGGCAGCUUGUAAUGGAUGUGGGGAGUUUUCAAAGCGAAUGGUGCACUGUGGUGGAAGUGGACGAACUGGAUGCCCUAGAGAUUGACAAUAUGCGGGAUCUGACGCUAGCUCGUGUUUUGGUUGGUAUUAAAUAG